GGCAGUUCAAGAGCAUCAAUAAGGGUCGGAAGACCAACAUCAUCGACUCUAUGCUGCGCAUGCUGGAGCAGUACUCCAGCAACCUGGAAGACCUCAUCCGCGAGCGCACGGAGGAGCUGGAGAUUGAGAAGCAGAAGACCGACAAGCUCCUCACCCAGAUGUUGCCCCCGUCGGUGGCUGAGGCGCUGAAGAUGGGCACCCCUGUGGAGCCCGAGUACUUCGAGGAGGUGACGCUCUACUUCAGCGACAUCGUGGGCUUCACCACCAUCUCCGCCAUGAGCGAGCCCAUCGAGGUGGUUGACCUCCUCAAUGACCUCUACACCCUCUUUGAUGCCAUCAUCGGCUCCCAUGAUGUCUACAAGGUGGAGACCAUCGGGGAUGCCUACAUGGUGGCCUCGGGGCUGCCCAAGCGCAAUGGGAACCGCCACGCUGGUGAGAUCGCCAACAUGUCCCUGGACAUCCUCAGCUCCGUCGGCACCUUCAAGAUGCGCCACAUGCCCGAGGUGCCCGUCCGCAUCCGCAUCGGCCUCCACUCCG